AUGUUGGACAUACAACCUAACGUCGCCUGGGAUAGCAAACCUGCUAUACAACAAAUAACAAUGAGGGCUACUGUAGUUGGACUGAUUAUUGGCUCAUUAGUUUUAAUAUCGAAUUUUCAGUUCGGUUUACAGACUGGGUGGGUCUCUAUGAUGUCUCUACCAUCUGCCCUAUUAGCAUGUUGGUUCUUCAGACAAGUUUGGCCUCUCAUUAGGCCUCAUGAUGUUCCUUUUACUGAUGUAGAAACUGUCUAUGUCCAAAGUAUGGCAGUUGCAGUGGGUACAGGGCCACUAGCAUUUGGAUUUGUUGGUGUAAUUCCAGCAAUCGAAAAAUUCUUGACUAAGGAAGAGAGUGGUGGUAGUAGAGAACAGGGUCAAGCAUUUGGAAUCGGCCAACUUUUGAUGUGGUCAGCAGGAUUAGCAUUCUUUGGGAUAUUUAUAGCUGUCCCUCUCAGAAAACAAGUGAUUGUCAGGGAAAAAUUGCCCUUCCCCAGUGGUAGUGCAACCGCUAUGCUUAUAGCGGUCCUCAAUGGAUCCGAAAUCUUACAGGAAGUUUCUAGAUCAGAUCUUUUACAAAUGAGAAAUAGGAGAUUGAGUGAAGUUCCAUUGUCUCAAGAUCAAGAUCAAGAGCAUGAAAAUAGUAUCUUAUCAGCACGAGGAUCGCCCGAUGGAUAUAGUGCAUUAGAGGUAGAUUCUGCUGAAAAUGGAGCAGAUGAAACUAGUUAUGAGGAGAACAUUCAAAUUUUAUUCAGAACUUUUACAGUUUCCUCCAUUUAUACAAUUGGAUCAUACUUCUUACCAAUAUUACGGUCGAUCCCUAUAUUUGGUAAAAAACUUUCUAAGAAUUAUUUGUGGGAAUUCCAACCUUCACCUGCCUACAUUGGCCAAGGUAUGAUUAUGGGACUUCCAACUGUCUCGUACAUGCUAUUUGGAUGUAUACUCGGCUGGGGUGUCUUGGCUCCAUUGGCAAGGCAUGUGGGUUGGGUACCUCCGGACGCUGGCGUCGAUGAUUGGGAAAGAGGCGUACAUGGAUGGAUUCUUUGGACUUCUUUGUCCAUCAUGGUGGUAGAUAGUGUCGUUGGGUUCAUAGUAGUUACUGUUAGAUCAUUGGUCAAAUUUUGGCUUACUGACGAUAAAGCAAAGCUGUUAACCAACGUUUGGGACGAUUCGUUUGAAUCAAUUUUACUUGAGGAGGAACGAGUAAUCAACAAUAGACGUUACACCACUUCUUCUUCUAGCAACCGCCCAAAUACUGUGAAAUUGGUCUAUGACGAUGUCGAUCAUGAAGUGGCUGAUGAACACUUAGUUACGUUGACUACCGUCAUCAGUGGAAUUAUUAUCUCUUCAUUACUAUGCAUUGUACUGGUGAUUUAUUUAUUUGGAUUAGAAAUUAUUCCAGUCUAUGCCAUGGUUACAGCUUUAUUUAUUGCCCUAUUUCUGUCAAUAUUGGGCAUUCGUGCACUGGGGGAAACUGAUUUGAAUCCAGUUAGUGGUAUCGGUAAGAUUUCUCAACUAAUAUUUGCGCUAGUGGUGCCUCGAGACCGUAAGGGUGCGGUCCUUCUGAAUUUGGUUGCGGGCGGUGUCGCAGAAUCCGGUGCUCAACAAGCUGGUGAUCUAAUGCAAGACUUGAAAACUGGUCACCUCUUGGGGGCAUCACCUAGGGCUCAAUUCAUUGCGCAAAUUGUGGGGGCAAUAUGGUCUAUUAUUCUUUCAAGUGUGAUGUACAUCUGUUACAACAAGGUUUAUCAGAUCCCAGAUAAACAAUUUAGAAUUCCCACUGCCAUUGUAUGGAUCGAUUGUGCUAGAUUGGUAACAGGCCAAGGUCUUCCUGAAAAGGCCUUGGGUUGUUCCAUGCUCCUAGGUUGUAUUUUUGCUUUCUUAUCACUUAUUAGGAAUUGUUAUCGCGAGGGUAAUCGUAAAUGGUUGAUGUACAUACCAUCUGGUGUUGCCGUGGGCGUUGGUAUCUACAAUACACCUAGUUUCACAAUUGCUAGGUUCAUUGGCGGUGUGCUUGCAAGCACUUGGAUGAACCGUCAACAGUUUAACAUGGGCGCAAAGACAAGGAUGAUUGUUUUCAGCUCGGGACUGGUGCUUGGUGAAGGUAUUUGCAGCAUUUUAAACAUGCUCUUCACAGAUUUGAAAGUACCACACUUGUAA